AUGGCAGCCGGCGAGCUUGGUUUGCCGCUGCCCGGCCCGUGCGGCUGGCUCCUCGGCUUCCUCGACGAGGCCGGCGAGCCCGUGCCGCUCCUCGGUGUCGGCUGCGCCGCCACCACGGACGACGGCCUUCCGGACUGGGCCUGCGGCGACGCGUCGGCGCUCGGCACAUCGCUCUGGCCGCGAGGCCUGACGCCGCUUGGUGUCUACUCGGACUGCGCGCCGCCCGAGGCGGCCGCGCGGCUGGCGAAGCUGCUCGGCGCGUGCGCGCCCCGGCUGCCGGCCCUCGCCGACGCCGAGCGCUCCGGGAGCCUCCUCUGCGCCGCCACCUGCGGCGGCGGCGCCGCCGCCUUCUUCCGAGGCGGCUCGUUCGCUGCCGCGACGGUGGCGCCCGAGGCGGAGCGGCGUGCGCGGUUCGCUGCGACCCACCUGUCCCUCCGCGCGCGCCUCGCCGUCUCGCUUUCGGCGCCACCGCCGGCCGGCGUCGCCUCGCUCGUCGAGGAGCUGCGCUCCAGGCGGCUCCUCAGAGGCGGGCAGGCGCUGCGCUGUUCUCAUGAGUGGCAGUCGAACGCCGCAAUGCUCGUGCUCGAUACAUGA